AUGCAUCUGACUUCCCUAUCAGUCUGGGCCGCGACUUGGCUCGCCGGGCAGACCAUCGCUCUUGACUUGACCGUUUCAAAGACUGGCGGUAAUGCAUCGAGCCCUCUACUCUACGGAAUCAUGUUUGAGGACAUCAAUAAUUCUGGCGAUGGGGGCAUUCACGGCCAAGUGCUCCGCAACAACGGCUUCCAGGGCACCAGCCCUGGCUUGACGGCAUAUGCUGCGGUAGGCAAUGUCAACAUCACACAGGACACAUCCAACCCUGUGAGCAGCGCUAUCACCUCCUCCCUCAAGGUCUCCGUACCGUCAGGGACCACCGGCUACGUCGGCUUCGCCAAUACGGGAUAUAAUGGCGUGCCGGUACUGGCCACGACAUAUAGCAAUUCGUUCUACAUCAAGGGAGCCUACUCCGGCACGGUCAACCUUCGUCUGGUCGGAACCUCCAGCGGAAUCGUCUAUGCGGACCAUAACAUCACAGUGACAAGUACUGCAGCCAAAUUCACCUCCUACGAGACCAGCUUCGAGUCUAGCCAGGCUGACGAUGCCAACAAUGAGUGGCAACUACGGUUUGACGCCUCCAAGGUGGCGGGGAAGUCUCUCAACUUUGGUCUCGUGCAGCUAUUUCCACCCACGUACAAGUCGCGAACGAAUGGCUUGCGGAACGACGUGGCGAGCUUUCUGGCUGAGAUAAAGCCCUCUUUUCUGCGGUUCCCCGGAGGUAAUAACCUUGAAGGAGCUUCUCCUAGCAAUCGGUGGAAGUGGAAUGAGACAAUUGGGGCAGUGGUCAACCGUCCAGGCCGACAGGGGGAUUGGACGUAUGCAAACACUGAUGCACUGGGUCUGGAUGAGUACCUUUACUGGUGUGAGGAUAUGGGGAUGGAGCCAGUCCUCGCCAUCUGGGACGGACUCUCUCUCGGGGGCGGCAUUGUGACGGGGUCCGCACUGAACCCUUACAUUGAUGAUGUUCUCGAUGAACUCGAGUACGUGCUUGGUUCAACAUCCACCCAGUACGGCGCACUGCGAGCCAAAAACGGUCGCAGUGAGCCCUGGCCCGUCAAAUAUAUCGAGAUUGGCAAUGAAGACAACGAGAGCGACGGGUGCAGCACUUACGCGAGUCGGUUCACAGCAUUCUAUGAUGCCAUUCAUGCCCAGUACCCAGAUCUCACCAUCAUAACCUCGACAACUUCGAGUUCGUGUCUGCCAACGACAUUGCCAGAUGGCGUCAUGACUGAUAUCCACCACUACCUCUCGCCCGACUCCUUCGUCGCGCAGUUCGACGAGUUUGACAACUACUCUCGGGAUCAUCCCAUUCUGGUGGGAGAAUACGCCAGCACGACUGGCAAUGACGGAAGCACCACUUACUGGAGCUACAUGCAGGGCAGUUGUGCCGAAGCGGUGUAUAUGAUCGGCCUCGAGCGGAACAGUGAUGUUGUCCAGAUGGCCAGUUUUGCGCCUCUCCUGGAACAUUUUGACUUGGCUGAGUGGUCGCCGGAUCUCUUCGGUCUCGAUUCCAGUCCCGAUUCUAUCACCGGGUCGACCUCGUAUUAUGUCCAAAAAAUGUUCUCCACCAACCGGGGAACGACCAUACUUCCGGUCACCAGCUCGGGAGAUUUUGGACCUGUAUACUGGGUCGCCUCGGUGUCGGAUGAGCAAGUCUACUAUGUAAAAUUGGCAAAUUAUGGCUCGACAGCUGAGAAUGUGACGAUCACGGUGGCGGGAACCACCCAUGGGUCCUUGGAGUUGUUGACUGGCGGCGAGACGGUCAGCAAUUAUCCUCACGAUAUCUCCAUUACUCCUACCACGUCGACUGUGUCAGGCAAUGGAACCUUCAAAGUGAGUCUGCCAGCCUGGGCGGUUGCUGUGCUUGCCGUCUCCUGAAAUAUUGAAACGAUCGCGGUAUUGGAAGAUGCGAACAACUCUUUGUGAGACAAG